AUGCCCGCGAGCGCGAUCAGCUUGUCCCCCGGGCACCGUCAGGCCGGCCUCGGAGUAGGAGCGCACGAUCUCGUUCCAGAUGAGCGCGUGCUCCGCUUCGCAGCCCUCGCCCGGGUAGUUGAGGUGGCCGUGGCCCCAGUCGCCGAGGCACUGGGUGCCCGAGCGGCGAGGAUGGCAUCGUCAAAAGCAUCAAGGGUCACUGGCGUCUGCAGAACGAAGCCGACAUCCUCAAAUGCUACCAAUCCAAAAAUCCCCUUCCUACGACCUCUGGUCGACGAGAUCGUCGAGCCGGCCGACCUUUCCUCCAUCGUUCUGCAACACCUGGACAGCGACUGCUUGACCAAGUCAAACAAGAAGAGGCUGUCGCGCCCUGAAAUCAACUCGACAACAUAUUCGUCAACUACGGACGGGGCAACCAGCGCUUCUCCGAGGUCCAGCUCGGCGAUUGUGGAGGGGCAGUAUCCCAAGAAUCUAGAUGCUUAG